CCAGACCCAGAACAGACUUCAAAGUCAUAAUUCAAAUACCCCCAUUUCCAUUACGACGAAUACCAGCAACUCUCCCUUCUUCUUUUUCUUGUUUACCCAGCGGCAGUCCACACUUCCGUUCUUCCCAUUAAUCUCCCCUCCUCCUUGUGUCCACCUCCACCCUUAUAUAUACACACACACAUUUUCGGAUCAAAAAUUGAAUUUUCAUAUUAAUUUCUCUCAAUUUCAGAGGUUUGAGUUACAAUUCUUUAAGCUUCAAACAAUGGAUCUGUCUCUUUCUGGGUUGUUUGUGCGUUCUGGGUCAGAAACUAUUUACUAACUUCAUCUUCAAAUUAUUGCAUCCCUUUUUUCCCAGACCUGGGAACCCCUUUUUGAAUUUCAUUGGCCGAUUUUUAUGUUUUUGCUUUCACAUACAUACAUCCCUUUCCCCCUUUUCGAACAAUUGCUGCUGGCUUUGUUGUUUUCUCUGUUGGUUCUAAUAAAACAGUCAGAAUUUCCUCCCAAUUUUUCCAACAAUGAUUUCUUCUGGGUUGUUCUUCAUCCUGAUGAUGAUGAUGUUGACAUCCUUCUUUUCUGGUUCAUUUGGGGAAAUUCACAAUCACAAUGGGUCUCUUCUCUGUGACAUGGAGCUGCCUGAUCAUUCUGGUUUCAAUGCCGCGGUGUCUGCCAUUUCCGCUGGUUGUAGCCUCACGACAACCAGAUCAAAGAAAGCAACCCUUCAACCAACAAAAGAAGAAGAAAUCUCUGUGAAGCCGUCGGUCAAACUCCAUCUGAAGCACCGAUCGGCAGGUGAAUCUGGGGCAAGAAAAUCACUACUUGAAUCCACAGCGAAAGACCUCACGAGAAUUCAGACGCUACAUAAGCGGAUCGUUGAAAAGAAGAAUCAGAACAUGCAACAAGUAGUCAACAAAUCAUCAUCAUCAUCAUCGCCGCCGUCGCCUUACAGUUUCCCCGGCGGCCAGCUGAUGGCGACCAUUCAGUCGGGCGUGAGUCUUGGUUCAGGAGAGUACUUCAUGGAUGUGUUUGUGGGUACACCUCCUAAACACUAUUCUUUAAUACUUGAUACUGGUAGUGAUCUCAAUUGGAUUCAAUGCGUUCCCUGUUAUGAUUGUUUCGAACAAAAUGGCCCCUAUUAUGAUCCAAAACAUUCAACUUCUUUUCGGAAUAUAAGUUGUGACGACCGCCGGUGUGAGCUCGUUUCGUCGCCUGACCCUCCACAGCCUUGCAAUAAUAUUAUUAAGCCUCCUGAUGCAGCAGCAGAUGACCACAAUCAGACAACAAGUACAUGCCCUUAUUUCUAUUGGUAUGGAGAUAGUUCCAACACAACCGGUGAUUUCGCGCUGGAAACAUUCACGGUUAACCUGACCACAGCAAGCGGAGAGGCAGAGUUCCUGCAGGUUGAGAACGUGAUGUUUGGUUGUGGGCAUUGGAACAGAGGCCUUUUUCAUGGUGCUGCUGGACUGCUGGGACUGGGGAGGGGGCCUCUCUCCUUUUCCUCACAGCUGCAGUCUCUGUAUGGACAUUCUUUCUCCUACUGUCUUGUGGACAGAAACAGUAAUGCGAGUGUUAGCAGCAAGUUGAUUUUUGGAGAGGACAAGGAGCUUUUGAGGCAUCCACUGUUGAAUUUCACUUCUUUGGUGGGCGGAGGCGGAGGGACAGGAUCAGUUGAUACAACAUUCUACUACGUGCACAUAAAAUCAAUAUUGGUUGGAGGAGAGGCGUUGGUAAACAUACCGGAGGAGACUUGGAAUUUGUCAGCAGAAGGUGUUGGGGGUACAAUUAUCGAUUCAGGCACCACGCUUAGUUAUUUUGCGGAUCCAGCAUUUGAGAUGAUCAAGGAGGCAUUCGUGAAGAAGAUGGGAGGGAGGUAUCCUGUUGUUGAAGAUUUCAUCCCCAUCCUGAAGCCUUGCUACAAUGUGUCUGGAGCUGGAGAUGGAAUACUGGAUGAGCUGCCCACAUUUGGGAUUCUAUUUGCGGAUGGAGCUGUUUGGAAUUUCCCAGCUGACAACUACUUUAUCUGGGUUGAUCAACAAAUUGUUUGUCUGGCAAUACUGGGAACUCCUCGCUCUGCUCUCUCCAUUAUUGGCAACUACCAGCAGCAGAAUUUUCACAUUUUGUAUGACAUAAACAAGUCUAGACUUGGAUUUGCACCAAGAAGGUGCGCUGAUCUUUAACAUGCAUACAUUGCAUGCAUCUUGUUCUAAGAAGCGAAAAAAAAAAAAAAAAAAUUAAUUAAUUAAUUAAUUAAUUGGAUGGGUAUAUGGUAUAGACUAUAGUGGUAGGAACAACUGUAAACAUGUUGGGAUGGGGUAGUUUUUCCAUUUUCACUUCCUUAAACAACGCCCAAACCACUAAACAUGCAUCAAGUUACUUUUUUUCUUGUUUGAGAUUCAGGAUAUUAUAGAUUGGAUAAACAUUUUACGAAUUAUAUUGUAAUCUUAAUUUCUUGUGUUCAUAUAAGAUAAUAUUGAGCAGCGGCUCCAUUUAAUCAUUUAUUAAGUAAUUCCAUAUACACAUAUUCUAUC